AUGCCGGCUGGCAGGGAGAGAGGGAGGCAGGCCGAGGAGGCGAGCGGAGCAGAGCGGGUGCGCUCGGUGCCGCGGGUGCGCUCGGCGCCGCGGCGGCGGGACCGAGCCCGGCGCCGCACGCGCCGCCUCCGCCGUGCCGGGCGCGGGGCUGAGCGCGGCCUGGCGGCCCCGGGCGCUCUCGGCGCGGAGGCGCCGGGCAACGAGCGAGGGAGCGAGUCCGGAGAGGCAGACUCGGUCACCGGCAGCAACCGUGAGCGCCGCUGCUCCGAAUGCCCGGCCCUCGUCCCGGACACAGGGGAGGAGGCGCCGCUUGCCCGCGCCAAGGCGACAUGGCGGCGGGAGGGUGUCCCCCGGCAGGACGGGGCACGUCUGGCCGGGCUGGUGCUCCGGGGGCAGAGGGACCCUUGUGGGCCUGAGAGUGCCAAAAUAAAGGUCCUGACUGAAAGGCCCCAAAGCGCGGACAGUGUGCGAACGCUCCUGUGUGUAUUUUACAGAUCAGAGCACAGGGGAAAACUCGGAGUGAUGCUCGGAGUGGGUGGAGUGAAGUCCAGAGAGGUCGUCCCUCAUCCCCCAUGGAUUCUCCUCGGCAUCUCUCCGGCUGCAGAACCCUCGUGCUGUGGUGUCGAGCAUUGCUUUUCAGCAAGCACUGACCAAAUAAAGGAGCUCUCCUGGAUCAAACUGUGGCACCUGUUAUUCCUAAAUGACUUUAAUUCCUCAUUUGGAUUGACAGAUCAAAUUUGCCAUCAACUCUGCCACUUCCCUACCAAAACUGGUAGGAAACAUACUAAAACAGAAAAAAGGAUAAGUACGGCAAGAAGUAUUUUCUCUUCUCUCUGGACAACUAAAUAUUCUGAUCUUGUUGAAACCAAUAUAUCUCUUUUAUCUUCUUUCUUUCAUCACCUUCUUUCUUUAUCACCGACUAGAAAAAUAUACAUGAAUUCCUGGAAAAGCUUACAAAAACCAAAAAGUUAG